CCGGCACAAGCCGGUCCCCGCCCAGCCGGCUUCCGCCGGGAAUGAAGAGUGCUGCGGUUGGCUCCUGUCCUGUGGACCCCACGCGCGUCCGUGGAGCCUUCGGGCUGCUUCUGAGAGCCCCUCCCACCGCUCUGAGCCCCACUGAGGUCGUUUCUAUUGUCCUCUCCAACGCGGGCUCCGGAACACGCGUGCGAGCCCUCUGCUGAUGCCCAGGCUGCCCUUGUGCCGCUGUCACACCGUGCGUCCCCUGCCCCAUGGAGCCGCCCGCUGGUGCCGCGGCGACCGUAAAAGAUCCUGCAGCCAGAGACCAUGACCCUAUGAACACCAAGGUCUCGGCGCCCGCCGCAGACCCUCCAACCAAGACAUCGACACAGAAAGCGGGACAUUCGUUACAAGAUUGGGACACCAUAGCCACCGUGGGAACUGGAACCUUUGGCCGUGUAAACUUGGUGAAGGAGAAGACAGGCAGGCGAUAUUAUGCAUUGAAGAUCAUGAGUAUACCAGAUGUUAUUCGCCUAAAGCAGGAACAACAUGUGCAGAAUGAGAAAGCAGUCCUGAAGGAAAUAAACCAUCCUUUCCUCAUUAAACUGCACUGGACGGGCCAUGACAACCACUUUCUGUACAUGUUGAUGGAGUUCGCACCUGGUGGUGAGCUGUUCACCUACCUACGUAAUCGCGGCCGCUUCUCCUCCGUUGCUGCAAUCUUCUACGCCACAGAGAUCGUGUGUGCCAUAGAAUACCUACACUCCAAGGAAAUUGUUUACAGGGACCUGAAACCUGAAAACAUCCUUCUAGACAGGGAAGGGCAUAUUAAACUCACGGACUUCGGAUUCGCCAAGAAACUAGUGGAUAGGACAUGGACUCUCUGUGGCACACCGGAAUAUCUUGCUCCAGAAGUCAUUCAGAGCAAAGGUCAUGGAAGGGCUGUGGACUGGUGGGCACUGGGCAUCCUUAUCUUCGAGAUGCUGUCUGGGUUUCCCCCAUUUUUUGAUGACAACCCGUUUGGGAUUUACCAGAAAAUCCUUGCAUGCAAAAUAGAUUUCCCCAGACAAUUGGAUUUCACCUCUAAGGACCUCAUCAAGAAGCUGCUGGUGGUGGACAGGACCCGGCGCCUGGGCAACAUGAAGAACGGGGCAGAAGACGUCAAGCGGCACCGCUGGUUCCGAGGUGUGGAGUGGGAGACCGUGCCACAGAGAAAACUGAAGCCACCCAUUGUGCCUAAGUUAUCUGGUGAUGGCGACAUCUCCAACUUUGAAACUUAUCCAGAGAGGGAAUUGGACAAGACCCCUUCCGUAUCUGAGAAAGACCUGGAAACAUUCAAAAAUUUCUGAGGAUGAGAACUCGUGUCUGCAAGAGGGGGGUUAACCUAACCCUGAAAACAUCCACAUCACACCAGUGAGCAGAACUUUUUUUUCCUUGUAUGUUUCCGUUUCUUGCUGUGAAACUAGAAGGUUUGGUAUGUGCAUCCAGGUUCCUGCAAAGUCAACAUAAUCAUCACCCUUGGAACCCAGCCUCAUUUCAACAACCGGAAACCUGCCCAGUGGGAAGUUCGCAAAAAUAGUUAAACUGUAGGUUUUCUCCUUCUUCAUGAGUCUUGUGUUUGUGCUGUGAAUUUAGUCAGUUAGUUCGUUCGUUCGUUCGUUUGUGUGUUUUCCUACUGAACUUUUCAAGUUUGAAUUUGACCCAUUUGAUUAUAGCUGUCAGUGUAUAUGUGCACAGAAAUUGUGCAAACUGGAAAUUUGGCACUUUGAUGUGCCUGUGACAUAUUCAUUUUUCAAAGCUUUCUGAAAAAUCUGUCGCCCUGCAGGCAAAAAAAAGGGUGAGAUAUAUGCAUUUUUAAAAUGCCUUUCUAUCUAUUUUGCAAUCAUUUGUGUGCACUGUUUAUUUAGUUACUGUUUGUUUAUUUAGUUCCUUUCUGGUCACUUUAAACUUGGAAGUCAGGAAGCCACAUGCCCUGUAGACCCUUAUUCAGAUAUAGCACAAAUGUGUGGCUUUCCUCAAAUCUUCCAGUUUAGAUGUUUUCAGUAAAAUAUCCCUUCCUAAAAUUAAGCCAGAACUCUGCAUACAGCAUUAGCCUCAUGGCAACCUGGGUGCAAAGAUUGCCUUUUUAUGAUAACACAAGUGUAUCCACAUCCCCAGAAGGGAACUUUAAGGAUCCACCCCUUAAGCCCCUCCCUCCUCUGUUGUAAAUGACAUUUUCUUCUCACCAUCUCAACUUUGUUCUCCUAGCCAUGUCCGUCCGUGAAAACUCAGGUUCCAGGCAGGGAACAUCUAUGAAAGUUUGUACAGAGCCGAAUUUUUAGUGAGCUUUCCCAGUGCUUUCCAAUAUGCAAACUAACUUGGUUGUGUACCUCAAACAAACAAACACAUACAGGAGAUAAAAUUGCAGGAUUAUAAUCAAGUCCUGUCAGUAGAUGUUUGCUAUUAAGUAGGAAAUAACGUAACAUUAGCAUAGGAAACAUUGCCUUAAUACUGAACACACAUGGGGAGAUCACACAUUGUGCACAUUCAUCCUCUGUGUGCUCCUAAAGCACUUUGCAAUCUGACUCCAAUCCUAAAAAUCAAAUUAAAAGGCCCUAAUCAGGCUGUAAAUUAUACCAUGUGAUGUCACCGCAGUGACAUCAGACAGCACAUAGGAAUCAUAAUUUUUUAUUUGAAUAUUUUUAAUUCUGUGUGUACAUGUGACUGCAGCACACACAGCCAGCCAGUGCACCAGAGAUCCUACAGCUGGACUUAUAGGCAGUUGUGUGCCGCCCUGUGGAUGCUGGGAACCCAACCUUGAUCCUCUGCAGUCCACAUAGUUAACAUGCAGAAAAAUAAAUUUGGAAGGGGUGGUGGGGAAAGCAACCACAAAAAAGGAUGAAGAAAAUAUACCCUGUUCUUGACUCUGCGUGCACCUAGCACCUUCUCAUGAAGCAAUGGGAUAGUUAAUAAAUUUCAAAUUCCUCAGGUGGUAGCUUAAUUUGAACCAAGUAUAAAAGAUAAAGUAAUCACUAGCCAAUACUAACUUGAAAACAAGUUUCCAUGCUCUUCAACUAAGACUGACAUUUUAUUGUUUAGUACAGAUAAAGUACUAAGUGCUGUGGAUUGGUGCUUGUCUCAUCUAACUAGCUGUUACAUGUUACACUGUAAAAUGUGAUUUGAUGGCUAAAUACUGUUCACAGGACCCUCGGGCUGUGCAAAUAUCCCAACAUUGGACCAAAACAUACCAAUCACCACUGUGUUGCUAUGUGAACCCAAGUGAAGAUUUAGCAUUGUGUGGGUCUUGAUGUUGAAGUGAAAAUCGCAGAAAGGGUCUCACUCCUGACUGUAGAUUUGAAAUAUGUUGAUUUCCUGGGAUUUUUUGUUUGUUUUUGUUGUUAUUGUUUUUGAUGAAGCUCCAUAGGAAGCAUUUGGUAAACAUCUGUCACCUGUCAUUCUUAUUUGUCAGACACACUGUAAACCACCUGAAAAUUAUAAUGCAACGUCAAGGUUUAUGUGUGGAUUGGUACACCCAUCAGUUUGGGGGAUCCCCCAUUAGUUUGUGUGUAUCCCCAUCAGUUUAGGGGGAGGAUCUGCUCCCCAACUGUUAUAUGUUCCAAUCAAAUCUGCCUUGUAAAUCUCACAACCUUGCAUCCAACCUCACACUGUCAUUUGGGAGGUGAGGGAGUUACUCCAGUUGGUUAUAUAAUAGAUAUCAUUACCUGUGUGACUUACAGGAAGUGAGCAUUGCUCCUGGUCUUCACAGGUCAGACUCAAACCCCCUUAUCAACCUCCGUUCUUCUCAGAGUGGGGAUCACCACUUGACCUGCUAUAACACAGGUGCCACAUGCACUGUGCAGGUGCACCCCGCUGCUGCCGAGCGCCUGUCAGCUUGCCUGAACUUACCAUGUAGAAUGAAAAAGCCUGGUUUUUUUUCUUACUUUCUAAUCCUGAUGCAUAAUUACAAAAAAAUCACUGUGAUUUGUGUAUAUAUCUAUCUAUAUCUCUCUCUAUAUUUGCCCCAGGAAAACUUUUUCUGCUGUCUAAUUUAUAAAAUACUAUUAUUGAGUCCAGGUUUGUUUAAUAAAAGUUUGUAUGUUUUAAAUCUG